AAUAUAUAAUACGACGUCGUUUAAACGGAUUAGCUCUUUUGUCGUUUUCACCAUUCUUCUUCCUCGCGGUCUCUCAGCCUCCAUCGCUUCUUCUUCGAAGCAGUUUUUUGUGUGCAGUCACCAAUCCAGCAACCAUGGGAAACUCUAGAAUUCAAGUUAACAAAGCUCACAAGACUAGAUUUACCUCCAAAUCUUCUCGUAAUCUCCACAGAACUUCCCUCCAAGAUAGUUGCCGGAUUGGGAAAUCAGACAGUAAUAACUAUGUUAAAGGUGCUAAAGCUGCUCGUUUUCAGCGUGGCAAGAUGCUUCGAGAGCAGAAAAGGGCAACAGUUUUGAAGGAGAAGAGAGCAUCAGGAGGAUUAAACAGUGCUCCUCGUGUUAUCGUUUUGUUUCCUCUCUCUGCUUCUGUGGAAUUGGAUUCACUUAAUGAAGAUCUUUUAGAGCUAUUAUCUUCUGAUGGUUCUGGGGUCACUUCUUCGACAGUUGCAUCUUCUGAGUAUAAGCUAAAAGCAACCGUGUUAAAGGCGCCUCACGGGGAUCUUCUGACAUGCAUGGAAAUGGCCAAGGUUGCCGAUUUGAUGGCUUUUGUUGCAUCUGCAAGCUCUCCAUGGGAAGAGAAUAAAUCUAACUAUAUAGAUUCAUUUGGAAAUCAGUGUCUUUCUGUGUUUAGAUCAAUUGGUCUACCAAGCACCACUGUAUUGAUUCGUGAUUUACCGAGUGAAUUAAAAAAGAAAAAUGAGCUGAAGAAGAUAUGUGCCUCUCAACUUGCUUCUGAAUUUCCUGAGGAUUGUAAGUUUUAUCCAGCAGAUACCAGAGAUGAGUUGCAUAAGUUUAUGUGGUUAUUCAAAGCACAAAGGCUUACUGUACCUCAUUGGCGGAGUCAAAGACCAUAUGUUGUGGCUCAGAAGGUUGGGAUGCUGGUGGAUGAUGAAAGCUCAGGAAAGUGCACUCUACUUCUCUCUGGUUACUUGCGUGCUCGCAAACUGUCUAUAAAUCAGCUGGUCCAUGUUUCUGGCGUUGGUGAUUUUCAGUUCUCAAAAAUUGAAGUGCUAAACGACCCAUUUCCUUUGAAUGAAAGGAAAAAUCAGAAUUCCAUGGAAUUAGAUGCUUUACAUGAUGAAGAGGUAUUGAACUCUCUGGUUCCUGAUCCUAUAAAACAAGAGCCUUUAGUAGUUGAAAACACUCCAGAUCCUUUAGCAGGGGAACAGACAUGGCCAACAGAGGAAGAAAUGGCUGAGGCUGACAAAAAUCAGAAACAGGGAAAGUUAAAGAAGAAGACUUUGCCAAGAGGGACUUCAGAAUAUCAGGCUGCUUGGAUUGUGGAUGACACAGAUGAAGAAGAUUCUGAUAUUGGUGAUUCUGAUGAUAACGGUAUGGUAUUGGAUAGAGAAGAGGAUGCCAAUGAGGAAAGAAAGUAUGACCAAGAAUUUGAGGAUGACGAAAAAUCACUGAACGUGCGGGAUUUUGAUAGUGGAACUCAGAAUGACUCCGAGAUGAUGGAUGAUGAAGACUUGACAGAUGAACAAAUUAAGGAUGAAAUAAAGAAAAUCAAAGAGGCACAUGCUGAUGACGAGGAAUUUCCAGAUGAAGUAGAGACUCCCAUUGAUGUUCCUGCAAGAAGAUGUUUCGCUAAGUACAGGGGUCUUAAAUCCUUCCGAACCUCCUCGUGGGAUCCAAAUGAGUCUCUACCUCAGGACUAUGCCAGAAUUUUUGCUUUUGAUAACGUUGCCCGGACUCAAAAGCUUGUGCUCAAACAAGCCCUGAAGAUGGAAGAAGAAGACAGAGAUGAUUGUGUACAGACUGGGUCAUAUGUCCGACUGCAUAUUAAGGAAGUGCCUCUUGGUGCUGCCUCUAAACUAUCCUCCCUUGUGAACACAAAACCCAUUAUAGGAUUUCGCCUUAUACAACACGAAAUCCAGAUGUCAGUUCUGCAUUUUAGUGUAAAGAAGUAUGAUGGUUACGAAGCUCCUAUUAAAACGAAAGAAGAACUUAUGUUCCAUGUUGGUUUCCGUCAAGUCAUUGCAAGGCCGGUAUUUUCAACCGACAAUUUCAGCUCAGACAAGCACAAGAUGGAGAGAUUCUUGCAUUCAGGGAGUUUCUCGUUGGCUUCAAUAUAUGGCCCAAUAUCUUUCCCACCCCUUCCUUUGGUAGCUCUAAAGAUAUCUGAAGGGUCAGAUCCUGCCGUUGCUGCCCUUGGUUCCUUGAAAAGCAUUGAACCCAACAAAAUAAUUUUAAAGAAAAUAAUAUUAACUGGGUAUCCUCAGAGAGUAUCAAAAAUGAAAGCAUCAGUCAGAUAUAUGUUCCACAACCCAGAAGACGUGAAAUGGUUCAAGCCUGUAGAAGUGUGGUCAAAAUGUGGUCGUCGUGGUCGUGUGAAGGAGCCAGUGGGCACACAUGGGGCGAUGAAAUGUAUAUUCAAUGGAGUGGUGCAGCAACAUGACAUUGUCUGCAUGAACUUGUACAAACGCGCGUACCCUAAGUGGCCUGAGCGUCUGUACCCGCAGCUUCUCUGAUUCCAAUUUGUAGAAUGAAGCUGAUUAUGUUAAAGUUUCUUUGAAUCCACAUUCUAGUUUGGCAACUUAUGUAGGUGGUUUAGUGGAGACUCCUACACAGUUUUGUCCUUAAUGGGAAUUAUAUCAUAUAAACCCAAAAUUCACAACGA